CGGAGCGGCGCUCCAGUAGUAGCCUGCUGGGCUGGUGUGACAGCCGCUGCGGCCGGCCGUUGAGUGCAGCCGGGCCCCGGCGCCACUGGGAUGGAGGCGACCCCGGCACCGAACAGUCACGCGCAGAGGCGCGUGGCGAGUCCGCCCGGCGGCCACGAAGAGGAGAUCCCGCCCGAGAGGGGCGUUUACAUGGACCACAAUGCCACCACCCCGAUGGAGCCCGCCGUCAUCCAGGCGGUGACCGAGGCCAUGCGGGAAGCCUGGGGGAACCCCAGCAGCCCUCACCCGGCAGGUCGGAAGGCCAAGGACGUCAUCCGCGCGGCCCGGGAGAGCCUCGCGAGGAUGGUCGGCGGGAGCGCGCGGGACAUCGUCUUCACCUCCGGCGGCACCGAGUCCAAUAACCUGGUGAUCCGCUCUGUGGUGACGCACUUCCACAAAACCCACUCCGCAGAGGGGGACCCGGCCCGGCGUCGCAGCCCAGCGGAGGGCGCCCUGCCCCACAUCGUCACCUGCACCGUGGAGCACGACUCCGUCCGUCUGCCCCUGGAGCGCCUGGUGGAGGAGCGGGUGGCCGCGGUCACCUUCGUCCCGGUGUCCACGGUGAGCGGGCGGGCAGAGGCGGACGACAUCCUGGCGGCGGUCUGCCCGGCCACCUGCCUGGUGACCGUCAUGCUGGCCAAUAACGAGACCGGCGUCAUCAUGCCCGUCGCCGAGAUCAGCCGGCAAGUGAAGGCCCUGAACCGGGAGCGGGCGGCCUCGGGGCGGCCGGCCAUCCUGCUGCACACGGACGCCGCGCAGGCCCUGGGCAAGCGGCGCGUGGACGUGGAGGACCUGGGCGUGGACCUGCUGACCAUCGUGGGGCACAAGUUCUACGGCCCCAGGAUUGGAGCGCUGUACGUCCGGGGGCUCGGGGAGUGCACCCCGCUGUGUCCCAUGCUGUUUGGAGGCGGACAGGAACGGAGUUUCAGGCCGGGGACGGAGAACACCCCGAUGAUCGCCGGCCUGGGCAAGGCUGCCGAGCUGGUGACCGAGAACUGCGAGGCUUACGAGGCCCACAUGCGGGACGCGCGGGACUAUCUGGAGGAGAGGCUGCUGGCUGAGUUUGGCGAGAAGAAAAUCCACCUGAACUGCCGGUUUCCCGGGGUGGAGCGGCUCCCCAACACGUGUAACUUCUCCUUCCGGGGACCCCAGCUCCAAGGCCGCGCGGUGCUGGCGCAGUGCCGGGCGCUGCAGGCCAGCGUGGGGGCCGCGUGCCACUCGGACCACGGGGACCGGCCGUCCCCCGUGCUUCUGAGCUGCGGCGUCCCCUUCGACGUGGCCAGGAACGCACUUCGGCUCAGCGUGGGCCGCAGCACCACACGGGCCGAGGUGGACCUGGUGGUGCAGGACCUGAAACAGGCCGUGGCCCGGCUGGAGGGCCGGGGCGGCCCUCCUUCCGGGGUCUGAGCGGGGUGCCGGGCUCCCAGGCCCCCCUGUGGGGCCGUCACUGUCCCCGCUGCCCUGCAGCAUGGUCCAGGAGGCGGCAGCGCCUGGGCUGUGUCCACGCUCCCGUCCAGGAAGCGAGCCUGUCUCGAGCGGCCCUCCACGGAGAACAGCAUUUGCCCCCGGAAGAUAACGUCACAGCAUUUAUAACUGAUUGUCGGUCGCUGUCUCGGAAGUGGGAGGCCUGGCGUUCGCUGUGACCUCGGCCCCCACCCCGUUCCCGGGGGCCUGCCCUCCCCUGGGGGCCUC